GAGUCUCAAGAUUCAAACCUAAAAUCAAAAAAUGCAGACUGCUUUAACCUUAUCAUCAUCUCCCCUUGUGCCACGUGCACCUCCCCGAAAAUUGAUCACCAGCUCUCCACCAAAUCCAACCAGGUUUGCUUCAAUCAGAUCAAAUGCUCUGGCAGUCAACUACAGCUCCACCAUCUCUGUUUUUCCAGCAGAAGCAUGUGAAACAAUUGGCGGAGAUACGUGUCUGGCAGACAUAUAUCCUGAAGUGAAGCUAGAAGCAGAAGCUAAGAAACCAAAGACUGUAUCAGAGGCAGUUGAGAGGGAGUAUUUGGAAUACACAGAUCCAAGGACGGUGCUGCUGGGCGAGGCUUGCGAUGUCCUCGGAGGAGAAUUCUGUAACCCCCCAUACCAGAUGGGAAUCUGCUAGAAGCCGCUUAAUAAUUUGCUGUGUACAGAUAUCAUAGAUGGAUGGAUGUAUUAAUGUGCAGUUUCUGCAUAGAUAUAUAUGUAUAAUAUAAGCAGCUUUCCUUCAUCACAUAAAUUUAUACAGCUGA